AUGACCCUGUUGCAACAAGAGGGUGUCGAUCUGGUCUUUUUUCCGUCAGCUGAGGAAAUAUACUCACCGUACCAUUGCUGCUAUGUGGACCCCGAAGGAUUCGAUGACUUGGUAGAGGGCCAAUGCCGUAAAGGUCACUUCCGUGGCGUUGCAACUGUGGUUACCAAGCUGUUCAAUAUUGUGCAGCCCACGCACGCGUUUUUUGGGCAAAAGGAUGCCGCUCAGGUUGUGCUUAUCAAACGAAUGGUCUUGGACUUGAACAUACCAGUGGAGAUUGAAGUUGUGCCGAUUGUACGUGAAGCGGAUGGGCUUGCACUCUCGACUCGUAAUCAAUACUUGAACCCUAUGGAACGCAAGGCGGCAUGUGUGCUGCAUCAUGGUCUUGUACUUGCGCAGGAAUUGUUCCAGAAAGCAAAGAAUGACGGCAAAACGGCGAUUGAUGCAAAGAUGCUGCGUCGUACUGUUUGUAAUGAGUACAAACGUGAACCACUUGUGACAGCCAUCGACUAUGUGUCAGUGGGAUCGAAGAAGACGAUGCAGGAGGUAGCCGAGGUUGACACACUCGAAGGAGCCAUUAUUUCCGUCGCUGUCAAACUCGGCAAAUGCCGCCUGAUUGAUAACAUCGUUCUGUAG